AUGGAGAAAUAUUUUAAAAGAAAAUUGAUGGAACCAUCAUCUCCUUUGAAGAAAAGUAAUAAUAGUAAUGAAAGGUCCAUCACUGAAGUAAAAUUAGAAGAUUUACCAGCAGAUCCUGGUCUAAGGAUUAGAAUUCUUGAUUACAAUUGUAAUAUUCGUGAUGUAGUUCGUAGAGCAUAUCUACAAAAAGGACCUUGCCAACCUCGAAAUCAUACUUUUCCGUUGAAGAAAUUCGGGUCACAGUCAAGAAGAUUUAAUCCAAUUUGGUUUACUGGAUAUCCUAAUUGGUUGGAAUAUAGUAUUUCAAAAGAUGCUGCCUACUGUUUAUGUUGUUAUUUAUUCAAACCAGAAGUUGGAGAACAAUCAGGACGUGACCAUUUUGUUGGUGAAGGAUUUUCAAAUUGGAAGAAAAAAGAGAAAUUGCAAACUCAUGUUGGAGGACCAAAUAGUGCACAUAACCAAGCUUGGGGCAAAUGUCUUCCAUUUCGUGGGCAUGAUGAAACUGAAGAUUCAAAAAAUCAAGGUAACUUUCUUGAACUCCUACAAUGGUUAUGCAACCAUAAUAAAGAUAUUGAAGUCGUUUCUUUGAAAAAUGCUCCUGAAAACUUGAAAUUGACUGCACCAGACAUCCAAAAAGAUAUUGUGAAUUGUAUUGCAGUAGAAAUUGUCAAUUCAAUCAUACAAGAUAUUGGUGAUAAGUUGUUUUCAAUUUUGAUUGAUGAGUCGAAGGAUAUAUCUUCAAAGGAGCAAAUGUCAAUUGUGUUGAGAUAUGUAGACAAAGGGUGUGUGAUUGAGCGAUUUGUCGGUAUUGUACAUGUUACUGAUACAAGUUCUUUAUCACUUAAAGAAGCUAUUGAUGGAUUCUUUUCUAUACAUGGAUUAAGCAUGACAAGUUUGCGUGGACAAGGUUAUGAUGGAGCAAGCAAUAUGCGAGGAGAAUUUAAUGGAUUGAAAACAUUAAUUUUGAGAGAAAAUGAAUGUGCAUUUUACAUUCAUUGUUUCUCUCAUCAACUUCAAUUAGCUUUGGUAGCUAUUGCAAAAAAUCAUGUAGAGAUCGUUGGUCUUUUUCUUUUAGUUGUAAAUGUGGUGAAUGUUAUUGAUGCAUCAGCAAAACGUCGAGACAUGUUAAGAGAGAAACAUAGUGCCAACACUUUUGAAGCUCUGAAUAAUGGUGAGCUGUCAAGUGGAAGAGGAUUAAAUCAGAAAACAAUUAUUAAACGACCAGGAGAUACACGGUGGGGAUCACACUACAUCACUUUGGUGAGAUGUAUUUCAAUGUUCUCAUCCAUUUGUGAGGUACUUGAGAUAAUCAUAGAUGAUGGAUCAAAUUCUGAACAAAAAUAUGAAGCAAAGGUUCUAAUGAAUUCAAUCCAAUCAUUUGACUUCGUUUUUCAUGUGCAUCUUAUGAAAACUAUCUUGGGAAUCACAAAUGAUUUAUCUCAAGUACUACAGAGAAAAGAUCAGGAUAUUGUGAAUGCAAUGAAUUUGGUCAAGAUUUGUAAAGUAAGAUUACAGUUAAUGAGAGAAUCAGGAUGGCAAUCAUUGUUGGAUGAAGUUUCAAGUUUUUGUAAUAAGCAUGGUAUUCUAAUGCUUAAAAUGGAUGAUGCAUUUUUAGUUCGAGGGAGGCAAAGACGAAAUUCUCAAGAAAUCACAAAUAUAUAUCAUUAUCGUGUUGAGAUUUUUUAUGCAGUUAUUGACAUGCAACUUCAAGAGUUAAAUAAUCGUUUCAGUGAGAAAAGCACCGAGUUGCUUCUUUGUGUGGCAUGUCUCAAUCCAAGCAACUCAUUUACUGCUUUUGACAGACAAAAGCUCAUUUGCCUUGCACAAUUUUAUCCUAGAGAUUUUUCAACUACGAAGCUUCUUAUUCUUGAAGAUCAGCUUCAAAAUUACAUCAUUGAUGUGUGUUCAGAUAAUAUGUUUGUUGGGUUAACAAGUAUUGGUGAUCUUUCUCAAAAAAUUGUGAUAACAGCUAAAGAUAAAGUUUACCCAUUAGUCUAUCGGUUGCUUACCUUAGCAUUGAUCUUACCAGUUACAACGGCUACCGUGGAGAGGACAUUUUCUGCUAUGAGCAUUAUAAAGACUCAGUUGCGUAAUCAAAUGAAAGACCAAUGGAUGAAUGAUUGUCUUGUAGCAUAUAUUGAGAGAGAUUUAUUUGAUAAGAUAGAUAAUGAAGCUAUUAUGUAUCGAUUUCAAAAUAUGAAAUCUCGUAGGGGACAAUUGUGA